AUGUCGAAAGGAAAAAGGAAGGAAGGAGUGGAGAACAGAGACAGUAAAAGGGAACAGCGCAAGAAAGAGUCGUCGCAGAGUAAGGAUAAGGGGCAUGAGAGAAGACAGGAUAAGGGAAAGCAGGAUAAAGAAUAUAAAGCUAGACAGAAGCAACCAAGAUUACCGCAUCCUAGGUCCCGACCUUUCGGGCGUGAUGAUUAUGGACAUGUCACAGUAAUCGCAAAGACAAACAGAGCUCAAGAAAAUGAGAAAUAUAGUGACAUGUUUGAACAAGAAGUACAAGAACGGAAAACAUACGAGUCCAACAUAGAUAUGAGAGAAGAAAAUAGCGACACUGAAGAAUUGCCCAGUCCCUUUACAUCGCCUAAAGAACAAAUCCCUGUUUCACCCGACACAGAUGUAAUUUUAUUUGAUUUAGAAACUUCAGGACUUUACAGCGAGUGUGAUAUAACCCAAAUUGCCGCAAAACACCAUGGUACUGAAGACUGUUUCUCGACAUUUGUAAGGCUGGCCCGUGGGUAUAUAUCCAGAGGAAUUACCAACAUUACGGGAAUAGAAAUACACAAACAAAAUAUGUAUUUCAACUUGGAAAAAGUACCAUCUCUUAGUACUUCAGAAGCGCUGUCUGUGUUUUAUGAAUGGCUUAGUAAAUACAACAGUGUUUUACUCGUUGCUCACAAUGCACCCUUUGAUUCUUGUGUAUUAGUAAAUACAUCUAUGAAAUACGGUAUGUCGGAUAAGCUUUUUAACAUUGUCGGGUUUGUGGACACUCUAAAGUUAUCUAAAAUAGCAUAUCCAGGUAGACGUAAAUGA